GGGAACCGAGAGGGAGGCGUGCCGAGGGAGGAGUUCAACUCAGGCUGGGGGUCGGCACUGGAUGAAGGUUUUCUCUGUUCAUUCUGACUUGGCACCUCAUUCUGCACAGAACUUUUCGGAAGUCGGAGGGAGAAGGACAUUCAGAGAGAGGUGUUGCCCUCAGCGAGGACUCUGGAAUCCCCUGGACUCAAGAGGGGGUGGAGGGAGGCAUCCCCAGAAGCAUCGGCUCCCAGGCAUCUCAGAGCCCUGGCUUGGACCCCGACCAAAGAGCUCUCCCAAAGGCUACAUAGGCCAGGGGCCCCAUUUCUCUAAGCCCCCGCAUCCCUCCCUCCGGGGUGCACCCUGCCCCUCCCUGAGUCACCCCAGAGAGAGAGAGGGGAAAAAAAGGGAAGAGAAAAGAGACAUUGACUACAGAGGAAGGAAAAGCAAACAGCAGAGGAGGGAGAAGAGAGGCCACGCAGGAGUGGGUGACAGAGGAGAGGGCAGAUCUAGGGCAGAUCUAGGGCAGGGGGAGUUAGGGAGAGGGCAGACAGAGCAUCCCAGAGGGUGCCCCAAGAGCAGGGCGGCAGGGGCGGGGAGCAGAGGGGGCGGGCCGGCCAUGUCCCACGGGACCUACUAUGAGUGUGAGCCCCGGGCUGGCCAGCAGCCACUCGAGUUCUCAGGGGGCCGAGCGGGGCCUGGGGAGCUGGGGGACAUGUGUGAGCAUGAGGCCUCCAUCGACCUCUCUGCCUACAUUGAGUCUGGGGAGGAGCAGCUCCUCUCUGACCUCUUCGCGGUGAAGCCGGCACCUGAGGCCCGAGGCCUUAAGGGACCCGGAACCCCUGCCUUCCCCCACUACCUGCCGCCUGACCCUCGGCCCUUCGCCUACCCCCCACAUACCUUCGGCCCUGACAGGAAGGCGCUGGGGCCUGGCAUCUACAGCAGCCCAGGGAGCUACGACCCCAGGGCUGUGGCCGUGAAGGAGGAGCCCCGGGGGCCAGAGGGCAGCCGAGGGGCCAGCCGUGGUGGCUACAAUCCUCUGCAGUACCAAGUGGCACACUGUGGGCAGACGGCCAUGCACCUGCCCCCAGCCCUGGCAGCACCCAGCCAGCCCCUGCGCGUCCUCAAGGCCCCUGUGGCCGCCGCCGCACCCCCCUGCAGCCCCCUCCUCAAGGCACCAUCCCCGGCUGGCCCCUCACACAAAGGCAAGAAGGCGGUGAACAAGGACAGCCUGGAAUACCGGCUGCGGCGGGAGAGAAAUAACAUCGCCGUGCGCAAGAGCCGGGACAAGGCCAAGAGGCGCAUCCUGGAGACACAGCAGAAGGUGCUGGAGUACAUGGCGGAGAAUGAGCGCCUCCGCAGUCGUGUGGAGCAGCUGACCCAGGAGCUGGACACCCUCCGAAACCUCUUCCGCCAGAUCCCCGAGGCUGCCAACCUCAUCAAGGGUGUGGGGGCCUGCAACUGAGCCCGGCUGGCAGACUGUGACACCAGCCCCCCACCCCACCCCGCCCCCCUGGCCCAGCCUGACCCUGGGAUCCUGCCCUGCUGAGGCCCUAGAGCCCCUCACGGGCCAAGCCUAACACAGAGACCAUGGACAACUGGCAGCGGGUGGCCGGGGAGAGGACAGAUGCCAGCAUAAUGAUUCUGUAGCUGAAUAAAAUUGCACUAUGACUCA